CAUAGAAAUUAUUGAUGAAAAUGAAAAUAAUUUGAAAUUCGACCCAAUUAACACUGCAUUUUAAAAACUUGUCCUUCAUAUAAAUUCAAAUCGAUAAUCAUUGUUCAAUUUACACAUUACCAUAUACAAUCCUCAUUCGGAAAAGGAAUAAUUUCGAGUAGUGCGUUAUAUCGAGUAAAAUGGUUGAUUGUGAAAGGGCUGAAGCUUUAAAUUUGCAACACGAAUUCGAGUGGGUUUUGAAUCAAGAAAUUCACAAAGGGUUGGACCAAGUACAUCAAAUAUUAGUUGAAUGUGCUAGACGUUUUCCUGUACAGUUGUAUGGACAUGACAAUUCAAGCAAACAGGAAAAAUUUGUUCUUUCUGUUCCAUCAGACCAAUUGAAGUGUCUUGUAACACUCACCGGAGACAGUAUUACACAUGCUGAUAUUAACUUCAAAGUGACUAGACAAACUAAUAAUCCGGUGAUGGUUCAUACUGCUAUACACAAUGAUCACCCAUGGAAAUUGCAACAAGUUCAAGAUGCUGCCAAUCAUCUCCAGCAAGCUAUAUAUCAUAUAGAUGAUGUGGGAAAAAAUUAUAAAUUCAAGUCAUCUGAUGAAGUUCUACAUAUUUUAGGGAAUAUUUUGGGAAGUCUACAGAGGGGGCGAACAAGUUUGAUAGUUCCUAAGAAGAAAGCUAUAGAUGAGUUGAUGAAUAGCAGAAACAUGAAAGCUCUAAAUCCAAAUAUUCCUGAGGAUACAGCAAUCUCAUUUUACAUACAAAGUCACAAAUUAAUAUUCGCUACAUAUCAACUAACGAAUAUACAUGGGAAUAUAAGCUAUGAUUCGAGUCAUGCAGAGUACCCUGUACCUUGGUUGAAUGAAGUUCUGGUAUUGUUUACAGUUGGAUUACAGCUCUGCCAACAAUUGAAAGAUAAGAUAUGUGUUUUUUCGCAAUACAAGGAUUUCACUGUGGGUUCUAGACCUUCCAGUCCUGGUCCAGGAAUUUGAAGGGUUUACUAAGAACUCUUUGAUGUCAAUUCAAAAAUCUUAUAAGUAUUCAUACUACUUAAUAUUUCCAGUUCUUCGGUUAUGUUCAAUUAGUGAUAGGAUUUAAAGUAUUAUAUUUAUUUUCAUAUUAUGAAACAUGUAAUGACAAUAUUAGUAUUUCUAUUUAUUAGAGAUUUUUCUCGAAUAUUAUGCUUGCUCUAUCCAUGUUGAGAUGUGGUUACUUGAAUAAAGCACUCCACAGCAAAAA